UGAAUUUAUAAGGUAAAGGGUUCACAAGAUGGCGGAGCUACAGUUUGAAGCUCCUUUGGCUUCAUUUGAGAAUGAGGAGUGGAGCGAUUUUAACGAAUUUAAAACGGGAAACAUAGACAAAUUAAUGUGCAAUCUUACACCCAACUCUAGGGAACGUCCUGAUGGGGAUGAAGGUGCAAAUUUCGGAGAGCUGGUGUCAGGAUCUCUAGAGGAUUUAGUCAAUUCAUUUGAUGAGAGAAUCACAAAAUGUUUCAAUAAUUUAGAGCAAGAAGUGGAAACGUUCGCUCCUGUACAGAUUAGAUCACAGGAAGAAAUAAUGAAUGAUUGUCAGUGAGUACACAUUUAAUUUUGAAACUUAUUGUAAAGCUUAAGUAUAUGAAUGAAGGUACAGCAAAUAAAAGUCUGGAAGAGGUGAGUGAGAAAGUGUAGUCUUAGCGACUCUGUAAUCUGAAGUACCUGUAUGACUGUAUGUUUUGUAGUCAGUACAGCUGUAGUACUAAUCUUAGAUCUGAUACUAUAGACUAUUCACUACAUGAUACUGUAUACUAAUCCGAAUCCAUACAUCUGAUCAGUCUACUGUUGAUCAUUCUACAGCACUACUCUCAAUACUCUGGCUACUCACUUCUGUGAACCAGUGAUGGUUAUCUGUGUACCAGUGGUGGUUAUCUGAGACCAAACAGGUCUAACUAUGAUGACUGUGUGGGAUUAGGGUUAGCCAAAUAGUCUUUAUAUAGUUAAAGUUAGACCAGUGUUUCCUAACAUGGUGUUCCGUAGUCUGGCACUUUUCCAUGAACCAUGGUCCCCAAAAAAAUGGAAACAAGUUAAAAAUUGUGGCUUCUCAGAGCUCAAUUUUUUUUUAGUUAUAGUGAGUGGCAAUGUGCAUGUGCAGAGCAAUCAACACUUCCUGACAAAAUGAACAAAAAAAGCGAAGCUGAGACUGCGCAUUGUUCUCCUCUCUCUUUAUCUUUGGUGUUCUCACAUAUUCAAUAUCUGAGACAUAGCCAGCUGAGCCAUAGCCAGCACUAAGUUUUGUUGAUUGGCAGUAAAAUAAUAUGAUCUUAAUGAUCCAUCUCCAUAUAAUAAUAUGUUAAACAAAAAGUUCAACAGUCAACAUCAAUGAAACUGAGUGAAUAAUGAACAUUCAUCGGCUCUGGUUAUUUUUACCAAAUACCAUGGUGUUCAUAGGAUAUUCACUUGACCUCUGCACUCUGUUAUUGUAAUGAUGAUCCCAUUUUUAAGAGUAUUUUGGUAAAUAAAAUUUAAAUAAAAAAAACAACAUAAAUUAACGAGUUAUUUAAGAAACAUUUUUUACGGGUAAUAAUCUAAAUGCAGUAUUAUAUAAAACUACAAUCAUCAGAAUUUUGUCAGAAAAUGGGGUGUGAAGUCCACACUACUUGUUAUCAUUUUAAAAUGUAAUAUACUGUUUAAAAAAAAAGUACAAACGAAUUCACAUUUUCACAUCGUUUUUAAAAUUCAUAGAUCAAAAACUACUAAAGUUGGGUAAUGUUUAUUUUUUCCAUAAAACUUAAAAAAAUUUAUAUUUAAUAAAAAAAUGUGUCAUUGUUAAGGCUAUAUUCAAUUAUUCAUCCUUAAUAUUUGUGGACGGAAGCAUUGCGCUCUACCCAUAGAAAGUUAUGCCUAGGACGCUUUGCAUAAUACCCAUUGCCAAAAUGCAUUGGGCGCAUUUUGCCCUACCCAUCACCAGCCUAAAAAAUUUCUUAGUUUCUUGUUCAAAACCACCUUAUAAAAACGAGAUCGUAUUGUGCAUAACAUGAGAUCCACUCUUUCACUCAUUCACUAAUCACUUCAUUAGGACCUAUAUAAUAGUGCUGUCUAUAAAUGCCUAUUCAUGAAAAAAAAUUUUAUGACAAUUUAACACCUGAGGCAUAGAACAUUCAUUGAUGCAGGUGAAGCGCUUGAUGUCACAUCUCUAUGAAAGGUCAACACUAAAAACUUGACUAACUUGAUCAUUUUGAGUUUAACCCCCUAGAGACGGCUUGUCGAGUAGGGAAAAAGACAAAUGGCUGAUUAUCAGCCAGAUAAUUCAAGCCUUGAGAUUAGCUGAUUGGCCUUUGUACCAGCCAAUGAGACAUUCUUAUUUUAAUGGCAGCCUACUUUGCUUGUUUACUAGCUUUUAUUGUGUUCAGGAAUUUUUUUUGUGUUCAAGUAAUAUAGUAAAAUAUCAAAAUGUUUGACAUCGACACUAAACAGUGAAUCUGACAAUGAUGAAAACAACCAGGGAAGUAAUAAUUUAUAAAGACAAUCAAAAGGAUGAUAAUGUUGUGAACUCUUGGAUUAGUAUUAGGGGUCCUGAACUAGCUAGAGAUGAUCCCUAUGAAUUUUUAGAAAAUAUAGGACCUAUAAAUAAGUCUCAAAGCAUAAGUAACACAGUUGAGUACUUUAUGCUGUUAUUUACACAAAAUAUCACUCAAAUGUAUAUUAGAGAGACCAAUAGGUAUGGAGACAACUUUCUUAGUAACGCCCAGCUCAAGAAAGGUCCCUAGGUCAGAAAUGGGGGCCUGUUAUAGUGAGUGUCUGUUGCAACCGAAAAGUAGCCAGGGGCAGGAAAAGGAGUAGAACCAUGCGCCAGAGGUGUCUGAAGGGCCUCCAUGGGCCUUUCCCCCCCAAAAAACUAGUGUUUGGACUUUUUCAGGCUUCAUCCAUUAAAAAAUUCACUCAAAUGAUACAAGCCAGUCAUGUUUAUUUUAAGUGUAACAAAAAAAUGCAGCAUAAGUUAUGCAAAUCAGGACAGCUCAUUUGCAUAAAUGUUGAGAUUUCAGUUUCAUUCAUAAAGAUGGUAUUAAUUGAUUCAAUUUCCUACAAGAAUAUAUAUAGUUUUAUACAUGUAAAGGAAAUAAAUUUAUUUUGAUAUAAUUUAUUUUGAAAUAUGAGUGCUUAGCUUGUAAAAAUGCUCUGUCUUCUUGGCACUGACACUUCAAAAAGGCUCCGUCCCCAAGGGGUUAAAGAUGUUUUCAAUGCCUUGACAUUAAUAGCAUAUUUUUGGAAAAAAGUCAAAGCAUAAUAACCUGAACUGGGAGAAUGGCUUUUAACAUUCUCCUCCCAUUUACUUCAACUUACCUCAGCAAAACUAGCUUUUUGGGAAGAUUUUAGGGCAUAAAAUUACCAUCCCGACUCCCUUGGAGAGUUGGCUACGAAUGCUUUAAACGCAGCAUUUUAGGUUGCCCGGACGUCCAGAGGUGGGGAAAACUUCCAUCCACAAAUCUGAGCAGGUGGGGGGAUAGUCCAGGUUUGGGGAAGCCCUGGCAUGCCGCUUCACAGUCCGGCGUCAGGGAGACUGUGUGGAGGUGCCUCGGGAGGGCAUUAAGAGCUCACCCUCGACUGCCCGCCGAUGCCAUUCCCCAAUGUAACAUAUUUAGAAUGUUUUGAGUUGAAAAUAUGAAGUAAUUUUCCUCAUGAUAAUUAAAACAUGUCACAAAUUGGCAGAAAUGGUUUAAAGCAGAAAAAAAGGUAUUUUGUUUUAUAAACUAUCACAGAAAGAACGAACUAACAACAAAAAAAUGUUUCAGGAGAUCUGACUUAAAACACUUAUUUUGGUCAGUUUCAUUGGGGGCGGACUGAUUUAACUCGAGGUUUGCAAAUGAAUCAACAUUUUCAAAGCCUUACUUGUUUGUUACUUCUUGUGAAUUCGUAGACAGAUAUAUUUAUUGGCUUUUGUCUAAUGUUGUCCGUCUCACAUACUUAUUUUUUUUUUUCUUUAUUUUUGGUGGUGCUUUGAAAUUAAAAGAUAUUUGUCAUUGAAACUGGUCAAGAGGGAUUUAGUUUACCAGUGACUGUAAAUAAUGGAACCUUGGACAAAAUCAGUUAAGAGGAUGGUUGUGUAGGUGGGGGGUAAGGAUAAAUAGAGACCAACUGGAAAUCAAAGUAGAAUAUAAAUAAAUAAAAUUAAACUGUUAUGGAUGUGGAAAGGCAGAAAUGAAUUUGUAUGCAUUCUUCAAGUCUAGUCUCAAAUAGUCAACAGACAGGGCAAAGUGGUUGUAGACUCUAGGUGCCAAAAACAUAGGCCUAAAAAAAAUACAGCAUUCUUGAAAAAAAUAGGUAUAAAUGUAUACCUUUUGGAGUGGAAGCACCAAAAUUCAGGCUUUGCCCUGGUUGGAUGUUAACUGAGUACAGAAAACAAUUAAAAAAGAACAGUAACUCAAGAGUUUUCAGUGUUUGUUGAGUCAAUACAAACAUCAUCACAUCAUAUAAUUCUUCAAAAUUGUAUAUUUAUGAUUCUGCACAGAUAUUUGUGGAUAACGAAUGUACUGUUACUUCCUACAUCUGAUCUGAAUAUUUUUAAAAAAUUGAAUCUAUUAAAGAAAAAAAAUGUAUAAAAAUAAUUUCUGAAACAUUUUAAAUGAGAAAUUUUUUUUAGGAACCUUAGAAACUGACAUACCAACAACCAAAACAACUAUGCCUUAAAAUAAUAUGUUGUAACUAUCAUAGAAAGAACAGUUUUAUAGUCUCAUUUGAGCUUUGCAAUGCCAGCACAUUUUGAGGCUAUUGAAUGAGUCACCAGUUUGCACUCCCCAGUUAUUGAUUUUUUCCCCUGCAUCAUCAUUGUACUCAAUGAUGUCAUACAUUUUCAUUUUGUGCAUUUUAAUAUCUUUUUUAACUGCAGGAGACAUAGAUUCCUUUUCUACAGAUAUAUUUAUUUAACAUUUCUUUAACAAUGGCGUUGUCAGUCAAGGCAUAGCAAGGCUUUGAAUUUUAAAAAAAUUCUUUCAAAAUUAACACCUCUUUUAAGUAUUGAAUUAUAUAAUUUGUAUUUGCCUUUUAUUAAUUUUACUUUAAAAAAUGUAAAGUGUUAAGAGAGUAAUUAGUUUAAAAGCAACAUUAAAAUAAUUAUUCUUUAAAAUAUUUAUUUUAUGCCUGCCAGUUACUUAGUAAAUUUUAGAAAGAUAAUGCUAUAAAAUUAUCCAUUCUUAAUGUUUUGUUGUUUGGCAGUAAUUAACCAAAAAAUUUGUAAUUAAACAUAAUACUAAAUGUACUGUUUAACUUAAUCUUUUUGGGGUUGUGGUGAUUUAGAUCUGUAUAAUACAAACCCUCCAUUGUUCUUAAAAAGAGGUCACACAAUUUGUUCAAUUCAAAGUAAUAUUGGAUUUCAACAUUAAGAACAUUUAUCUCUAUUUGUGCACUGAUUUUGAUAUAGUCUUCAAAAAAUGUGUACGUCUUUUUUCAAAAUUGAAAUAACUUAAUCAGCUAUCUGCAACAUUAAGGAUAUUAUAUGAGGGACUGCAUUCAAGCAGUGUGAAGGACAUUGUGGAACAAGAUAUGUUAAAGCUUGAAAGAAAAGACAAGACAAUAAUAACUAUAUCAACCUGACUUGUGAAACAUGUUUUGGCAAAAUUUAAAUUUUUGUACCUCCCAUCUCUGUUAAUACAAUAUUUUUUAAUAAAAGGAAACAUAAGAACUUUUAAUUAUAUGUAAUAUAUUCAUCAAAGUAUGACAAUUAACCAUUUAAGUACCGGUACUGCAAGGGGAAAAGUGUACUCACUUAAUCUACUGAAUUAAAAUAGUUGCCCUUCUCAUGAUUUCACACACUCAGUUUUUUUUUAUUGUUGAUACUUUUGGCUGCCAUACAGCCUCUUCAGAGAAACUAUCUCAAGUCUUGUAUCUUCCUAAAAGCCAUGUCUUUUUGCAACAUGUACUUUUUGUUAUGGCUGCCAAAAGUCAUGCAGCUGGGCAGCCAUGAUGUAGAGACAAUUACAAUUUUUUUUGCGAGAAACAAUAUUCAUUCUGCAUUAAAUCUUUCUUUCAGAAUGUGGUGGACAAUCACAGGAAACUUUGGUAACAUAUUACCCAUUGAUUGGUCCAAGUCGUAUGCAAGAAAUCUCCAGAAUCGUGUCCUCAACUUAGGAGAGCAAUCUAACGUAAGUCCUUUAAUGUUAAUAGAAGCACGCACAACUCUGCUGAAAAUAGAAUUGAUAGUUUAAUUAUGUCAAUAAAUUUAUCUCAUUCAUAAAAAUAAGUUUCAUGUUAUUUGAUUACAGGAGGAAUUAUUUUGUAAUUGUAUCACAAUUAUUGCGAUAUUGUAACCCUUUUUCUAUCUUUUUUUUUUUACAUUUUGAAAAAGGAUUGUCACUCAUUGAGUCUGGAUCUUUCUGAUGAUGAAGACCUAGCACAAGCCUUCGACAUGCAUUCUCUAAUUGUAAGCAGUUUGCAUCCUGAGGAAGAAGACAAAGUUCUGACAGCAGAUGAAGUUAUCAGUGAAAUUGAUGACAUGAUGAAGGUACUUGUGCCAAGUGCAUGUUCACACAUAACCAUGAAAGACACCUGCAUUAAGAACAUUCAUGGGCACAAUUUUAGUUUUUGUUAACCUCUAUUUUUAACAUUAAAGGUUAGUUUGUUAAUAACAGUGUGACAUGAAUGACUUAUUCAUUAGAAAAAUUGUAUGCACCAUAUUGGGACCACUUGUCACAUAUCGGGACCACUUGUCAGUGGGCUCAGUAGAAUAAAUAUCUUUGAUGCACAUCACCUAUAGAGGAUAUCAAAAUGACAAUAUAUUUCAGUAUUUACCAGACACUUCCCUACAAGUGCCAUAUCAAAUCACUGACUGUUGUACAGCUAUACAAAAUUAAACCUGCCUUAAGAGAGAAAGAGUGACAGAGAGAAGUUUUCUCUUCUCCAAAAGUGUUGCAUGAUGAGAUAUCUAAGUUUAAAGCACUCUAAUGGCUGAUAUCAAUUUUAUUUAUGUGUAUUAACAAAAAUGGUGAGGGAGUGUGACAAUUUACUCUCAUUUAACUUUAAGUUUAGUUUUUUAAUAAUAUUAAACUCUUUUAUGCUUUCAGGAACCUUCAGCGGAGGACUUCUACAAUGCCAUGCAAGAAGCCCCUGAGGAUGUGGCCUAUACUAAAAUUAAGCAAACAUUAGCAACUUUAUCAGGAUACACAAAAGAAGGUUAAUACAUUAAUUUUAGAGAAAAGUGGUUAAGCAAAUCUCUAUUUCUAAUUUAUAAACUUGGCCUUAUGUCAAAAAUGUCAGUUGAUAAAAGUAAUGUGAAGUGAACUGAGUGCAUGAGUCCCUUUGCUAUACCUGCUCCUUGAGGUUCGGCCAAGCCUGAUUCUGUAAGCCACUUUCAUAAGCGCAAGAGCAGGCUCUGCAACAGGCACCUUUCCUCCCACUAAUUCCAAGGGUUUGCCCUGGAUUGAAAUCUCACCAUGAUUUAAAAUUUUCAUUGUUCAAAUCCUAAACCAGUUUCCAUCAUAAUCAAUCAGAUUUUUAUAGUAUUAUCUUGCCUCUAUUUUCAGUCAUACAGUAAUUUUUUUUAAACAAAGCAAAUUGUAAUGUUAGUUUUAUACAUUUAAGGCUCAAACAUUAAACAAAUUAUUUUCUCCCAGACUUGAAAGAAAUGUCGAGAACCGAGCUCCACGAACUUGUCGUUGAAUAUGAGACCACCACAAAGGUGCUUUCGGAGAUGCUGGUGUCGGAACUGGCCUUGCGAGACGAACUUGAGUUUGACAAGGAAUUGAAAAACCAGUUCAUCUCACUGCUGCUGACAAUACAAAAGAAGAGGCGUGAGUGCCAUAGUGACCGCAAGAAGAAGAAAUCCAAAACCAAUGCUGCACCCAAUGCUAAUGCCACUCCUGAAAAUGGAAAUGUGAGUUUCAUUUAAGGUUUUCCUUCCUUGCAUGAUAAUUUACUGAGGUCCUUCAGAAUGAAAAUUUAUUUGCCAUGUGUAUAUCUGUGUUCUUACAGCAUAAUAAUUUAGUUGCAAAGUGUAUAUUUGAGGUCCUUCAGCAUGAUAAUUUACUUGCAAUGUUUUUAGCUGAGGUCUUCCAGUAAAAGUAAAUUUGUUAAUGUAACAUUGACAUUGGUGCCCUAAAUGUGAUGAUUUAUAUGGCCCAGAAAUUCAGUGCCAUAGAAUUUAUAUGCUGAAAAAAAAUUCAUAGGAAAAUUAGAAGAGUCACAGUUAUAAUUUGAUUUUGGACAAGGUGUUACAGCGUCUAGUUCCGGGGUAUACAUAAAUUAAUUUAACAAGAUAAUCUCUUCAGUUGCUUAAGUAUAUUGAGAGGAAUUUCGCACACAAAAAUGAUACAACCAUAUAUGAUGCAGAAGCAACAGAAAGUGCAUUGUGUCUAAUCCCUGUUUCUUCAGUUAUAAAAUUCACCAAUGUUGGAGAUACGAGAAAUGCUUUCAAGAUGUAUUUUAUCUCUCAUUAAAACUUUUUAAUUACAAGACUAGAACUUAUGGAUAAUUUUAAGACGCAGGAUAUUACAAUUAGAGUAGUUAUUUGUACCAGUGGUGAUUUUUACUUAUCCAAUUCAAGUUCUAGUCCAAAAUAAGGGUUGAAGCCAUUUGAAACAUAGGAUUGGACAACCCAGUAAUGUACAAUUACAAAUGACAGAAUUCAAGGGAAUUGAAAUUCAAAUUUAAUUUUUACAUUUAUCAAUAGUUGUGCAACAAGUCUAUUCUUAUCAAAAUAUGAAUGUCUCUUUUUAAAAUUGAAAAUAAUAUCUAGCUGUCCAGCCCCAGUAUGUGAUAACUUAUUUGAUAUUUGCUUUUUUUUUAUUGUGACAGUUUUUAACCACUGCAAUCCCAUACUACCCAUGCCAAGGACCACCAACUUCUGAACAACUUCAAAUUUACAUCAAAAGUAAGACAUGUUUACCAACUCUUUACUGCUCACAUGUUGAUUCAUUAGUUACUGGACAUGUUUAGACACUCUUUAUUGAUCAAACAUUAUUCAUUAGUUACUGAACAUGUUUAGACACUUUUUACUAAUCACAUAUUGAUUCAUUAGUUAGCUAAACACUGGCAGUGUAUUUAAUAAGAAUGGGCUGUUGUGUCGGGAGUUUUAAAAUAUAAACUUGCUUUAACUGCAGUUUGUGAGAACAUCCACUCUGAUGUGCACUUUCUUUUCAGAGGAUAAUUUAGUGUUUUCAUGGUACUUAGUGUUUUUAAAAAGCUGAAAUGAUCACUAAAAUUAUGAAUAUUUGAUGCUGGAUGUACAACAAAUUUAAUCGUAGAAUCCUAAUGCUAUUCACAACCUAAAAACAAAAAUUGAUUUUCAAAAGCUGAAUUUAGUUCUCAUGUUUUAUAUGUAUUAAUGUUGUUUUAAAAGAAAUUUAAAAUCGUGUUAUCUACUUAUUAUUGCUCUCUGAAGUCCUGCAAGCCAUCAAUGAAGACAGUCCAACAGUUCCAAUUCUUCUAACAGAUUAUAUACUCAAAGGUAAGUGGAAAGAAGUAAAGGAUGUUGUCGCAUUCACUUGGUCCUGAUGUUCUAGUGAUACUAGAGGAUACUCGCAAACUCCCUAUGGAUUAACCAAAAUGACAGUAUGAAAAUUCAUCAAAUUAUCUUUUGAUAAAUGUUGUGACAGAAAUUUUAAACCAAAUUGAUUUCCUACCAAUUUUAAUGUUUACACUAAUUAAGAGCCCAUCAAUUGGUGUGACAGCCCAAAGCCUGUGAACAUCUGUCAAUAUUUUAAAAAGGAAUAUUGUCUCACUUUUUUCCUCAGUACUGUGUCCCACCUAAAAGGAUGAAAAAGACCUAAUAAAUAAUUCAGGAGGCCAGACAAGAGUCCAGCAAUGGUCACAGUCUCAGCUUAUAUAACCCUAGUAUUUGCCCAUCUAUGUCUUAUGUGUGAUAUUACUGCUUGCAGCUCUUUUUCAAUCACGGAUACAUUUUUUUUUUCAGCUUUAUAAUUUAUAAAAAAAUGUGUUCCAUUUUAAAAAAAUACUUUACCUUAGGUUUUUUAAUUUUUUAUUGAGCAUCUAUAAACAUUUCUGCUAAUCACUUAAAGCACUGCUAUAGAUCUUUAACAAUUAAUCUUCACAGACUGUCAAAGAAAUCUCAUUUCUCAUAAUGGCUGGCGUUUUAAAGUUUUUAUAAUUUCUAUAUAAUAAUGAGUGCUAAAACUUGUAUCCCAAUGAUAAUGUGAUAGCUAGUCUUUUGGAGGGAAAAAAGCAAAAUUGUUUUGUUGUAAAGAGGCCAAACAUAUAUUGACCACAAUGGAAAAAUACAUCCACAUACUAACUAUGCACUGACGGAUAGGGGGGUGGGCUAUUUGGGCUUUUUGCAUUAUCAUUUGUAUGGAGACAAAGGGUCUUUGAAAAGUGGGAAUUAAGUUGAUGACCCUAGAGCCAGAAUUUUAAAAUGAUUUCUUUGUAAUUAUUUGAAACUAGCAAAAGUAUCUCUGCUUCAAAAUGGGGUUGGUGGUGGGGGUUACGAUCGACUUUUGUAAAUGAAUGAAGCAAAGAUGUAUUGUUUUUUAAGUGCAAUAUACUUAAACAAUUUUUAUUCUUCUGUCAUGUUACAUCCUGUAACAUUUAGUGAGCUAUAUCGACCAUACCAUUAAAGAAAGAACGAUUAUAAAUAGAAAUGGGAAGAGAUAAGUUCACUGAAGUACUUUUUGGACAAGAUGUUUACUGUGGGCGUGAGCAGGUCUAGAUCAUUUGAAGAAUUAACACGGGAGCAUCCCACAUAAAACUGGCCUGAGAAAAGCAGGGCCAUUUCACAUCAAUCCCUGUCAUUUGUGGAUUUUCAUCCCAAAGAAAUGUUUCCCAGGUAACCGAGUUCUUCAAAACAGGAAUGGGGUGGUCCGAGGGCACCGGUGGGAUCCAAGGAAUGAAAACACUGCCAUCUUCAUGGUACCUGUUUUUAUUCUGACCUCAAUCACCCUGUCCAUUGCUUGUUGGCCUGUAGUAUGGUUCUGUUCAAGAACACUAGGUUUCAGGUCUCUGAGACACUUGAUGGCAGAACCAACCUUCAGUGUAGUUGAUCGGACGCUUGCCAGGAGGGGGUCAAGGAAUGAUGAUCAGCUCAGUAGAGUAGUUUACUGCAUCACUCUACUGGAUCCUGCAGCCAAUCUUAUAUGUUCUUUGUUCUGAUGAGAAAAAGCACAAUAAUGAAUUGUUUUUUCUGCUAAAGGUUUCGUUUCUAGCAGCGAGAAUAGCUUUCUCACAGAACCAGUCUUAACGGUUUUGUCUGAAUGUUGCAGAUGUCAGGAUCAACUGUUGACAUUCAUUGUUCCAUAGAGUCCCCCCUUGUCGCCUAGUUCCUUCGGAAACUCAAGCUCCCUGUUGGUUUCAGGGACAUCCCCAUUCCCUAUCAUCAGCAAUAAGUUGGCAAAUGUUUGAGAAUCUUUUGUCAUGCAGAUUGUUAAAAAAAUAUAUUGAAUUUUCAAAUGAUGUUUUGAAAAAAACACACCUAUAAUGAAUGCCAGUGAUGUCAUGUCUGAAAGACUUUAUCCUAAAGGAUUUCUGAUUUAGCCAUGUAUGAUUCCCCUGACCCCCUUUAGCAAUUUGUCCACCUGAGCACCUUUUCCGAAAUUAACAUUUUUUUUUUUGGUAUAAAAACUUUUAAAAUCAAAGUUUCUAGGCUGAUUAAAAAGGCUGUGCUUUUUCAGUUUAACAAAAAAAUAUUUAAGACACUCACCCACUCUCCAGGAGGUAUUCCAAGGGGAUUUUUAUAAUUGAUUCUUUUUCUAUGGAUCUUAGCGAUAGCAACCUGAAUGUUGUCAAACUCAAAGUUUCUAGCUUGAAUGGAAGUGGUCCAUUAAUUCAGGUCUUUUUUGUGAUUAUCACGAUGUAUAGCGCUGUACUCGCUUCUAUAGGAUAGAUUUUACCUAAACUUUAAGCUAACUUUUAAACGAAAAUUUUAUGAGUUUAACUCACUACUUUGACCUACCAUCAUUUUAAAUGGUGCAUCAUUGGGCGACUAACAUUUUUCCAUUGUGGUCUACUUAUGAAACUUGUGUUUCUACAAAAAAAUCAUAAUUCCAAGAGGAUAGGGGAAAAAACCUGACUUGAAUCCAAACUGAGCAUGAUGGGUUAUCUCCAUCUUUUCACUUUAACCAUAAGGUUGUGAAAUCUACUGGUAAAUAAGACUAGUAAAUAGGAAAACUAGUGAUAUAUUAAAUUGAAUGACAAACAUAAAUAACACAUGGUGUAGUAAAUGGGAUGCAAAUGUAAAGAAGACUAGUGAUAUAGUACAUGGAAUGACAAACAUAAAUAAGACAUGGUGUAGUAAAUGGGAUGCAAAUGUAAAGAAGACUAGUGAUAUAGUACAUGGAAUGACAAACAUAAAUAAGACAUGACAUAGUAAAUGGGAUGACAAACAAGCCUCGGUACUGGGGUGUACAUCUUCUAUCACCAAUGUGUUAUGAUGACGAUGUUGACAGGGAUAAACUGAAGUGAUAGGUUAAAACUACUUUAUGAGUGUAUGAUAAAAUUACUUGUGAUACAUUGACCAUGGUCACUAACCCUAAGGGUUUCAUUUAUUUAUUUUUUUAAAGUGAAAAAUCCAAUCUACUUAAAAGUUUUCUGAUAUCUUUAUUGUUUUCUGUCAUUGUCAUUAUCUUUCAAUUGCUAAAUCAUUUUCAUUUCCUUUCAUUAACAUUUUUUAAAGUGAAUUGAUGACCAUCAAGUUGAUAAUAAAAAAACUAAAUUCAAUAAGUAAAUACUUAAAAAAAAACAUUUUUUAUGAUCAAAUUUUGUUUGGAAAAUCUUCCUGUGUGGUUUUUCCAGUAUAUUUUUCUUUGAGGAGUUAAAUGUGAUGCCACUUUGUUGGCUGUUGUUUCUAUGGCCGAUAGUAUUCAACAGGACAAUAAAUUAAAACCCUUUGAAAAUUUUAAAUUCAUCAUUUUUCCGGACCACACAAUGGCAUUCUUCUUGGAGAUGUUCAGUAAGAUAUUUUCUAAAUGUACUCAUUAUGCUGCAUGGAGAUCCUUUGAUCCUAUUCCCCUUUGAUAUACUCAAAUAAUCAAACCCUUUCAUAUUGCUUCAUUUUGACAUGAGAUAUCUCUCUGUUUACAAAAAAGAUAAUGCUGUGUAGCCUAAAGAUAAUACAAAUCAAAGGUGGAGAAACACUUAGGCAAAUACCUGAAAAUAUUGCAAUUGUUCAUUAAAGCAAAUAUUGGGAGCAUAGACAAUCUUUAUAAAACGUAUAUUCUGCAGACAGGGUGCUCAUGCGUUCUGUGCCUCCCCCCUCCCCCCUUUCACCCUCCUACAGUUUCAAUUUUCUUUGCUUUUGUUUUCCUUGGUCCAAAUUUAUUUUAUAACUUUUUAAACAUUCUCAAGUAUCUAUCUGAUCUAUUUUAUACAAUUGUACAGUUUUUCCCCUGAUUUCUAUAUGUUCCAAAUUAAAUGUCAACCCAAUAUUGCGCCAUACCGCGGACACUGACCACAAUUUGAGGAGCACUAUUGUUACUUAGAGUAACUUCAGUAAGUCAAUCAUUAAUUUCUUGUUCAAAGAUCAUUCACCUCAUUUUUUUUUAAAAAAAGGUAUUUUUCAAUUUUGACUGUUGGUAACAGAUUGAUACCAUGACCGACUGAGUCUCAUAAUAUGAAUGAAUCAAAUAUUGGCGUAUCUUUCAUUUAAAAUGAUACAAAUCCUGUGAUGGGCCCUUUUUCUAUUGAAGCUUGCUGAAGUAGCUUUGUGUGAAUUUGUAUACUUGAUAUAAAUCUAUUGUUCUUGUCAUUCCUUCAAUCCCCCCAAACUAUCAAAGACUUUGUUGGUCAGGUUGUUGAUGUGGUUAGAGUUGCAAGAUUCAGCUUAUAACCUUUUUUUUAUACCUCCCUUCAUUAGAAUUGUUUUCUUAUAUUUACAUUUACAUACAUAUUAAAAACUGAGGUAACAUCAGAAACAUGUAUUUUGAUUUGAUUUGUAUUGAUUUUGCUAAGAUUCUAUUUCUAGUCAUGAUGUUUUACAUGAUUGAUCAAAGAUUUGUUUUGCAUGAAUCUCCAUUUCACAAUGUACUUAACAAAAAAAAAGCAUGCGUCAAAUAUAGAUUUUAUGUUGAAUGUACUUAAUUCAAUCAAAGCCAAUAUUCUUUUUUUACAUUUUUCCUUGUUGUUUUGGUUUUGCCAUCUCUAUUGAUAUAUGUUUUUUUUUUUUAAUGUAAAUAAUCCCGCCAGUGUAUGUCAUUUUGUUCAAUGCAAUAUACAUCUUAAGAACAAAAUCAACUUGUAUUUGUAUAGCAUUUAUCUGUAGAUCUAAAUGUGGUCCACUCUGUUCCUCCCUCUCUGGAUGUUUGAUGUUUUUUUCCAAAGCAAAGUGCAGUAGUGAUACAAACGGUCUUGACAUAUUGCUUACAGUUACAGGGCACUCAUCUUUUCGGUAGUGUUGUUUCUUGAUGUCUUACAGUUUUCAUUUUUUUUUAGUACAGUAAACAUACUAAGCUGUAAAUAAAGAUUUCAUAAUAAUUUGUGG